AUGGAAUUUGAUGGGAGGAAGAUCUCUGGAGAAGCCGAAUCAGAGAGAACUCCGAUCGGAAGUCGGAACAAAGAAAUCGAGACGCAGAAAGCGGAAUCCAAAACGAUACUAAGGCCCAAGGAAACCCAAAAAUCAACGUCGACGUACUCGCAGGAUAGAGAGUCAAAAAUGGCGCCAGCCGACACUGAGAUAUCGGGGAACGGAGUGCCUCAGGAGCUCGACAUCAAGGAAACCGAUGCUCACUCCUUGAAGGUCACAGGGAAGGAGAGUGACGGAGUUAAGUUGGCGGAGAAAGAAAACUUGGCAGUGAACAGCCUAGCAGAAGUGACCGCAGCUGAGGAUGGAAGACUGGGACAAGCGAGCAUACGUGAUAUACAACCAAGCCGAACAGGAGACAAAAUUGGCCCUGAAGGAAACCAACCAUAUGAAGACUCAGGUGGAGAUAUGCAUCCGGAAGAAGGACUUGAACAUCUAAGUCAGAAGAAAACUCAAGCCGCAGAAACCUUCGACCAGCAAGGAAAUCGAGCAAAGGAUACGGUCUGUGAAAAGCCUCGUCAGGCUGACGACAAAAGUGACCAGAAGGGGUCUUCCGCUGGGACAGCCCCUGAGGCGGAAGGGUCUCAACUAGGAGACACUGACACCGGGGUAAGUAAUACAAGUGGAGGCCUAUUGAGGGACACUCAGAAAGAGAUAAGCGCUAUGCCAACGGCGAAACUAAUUGGGGGCGGAACCAACGUACCACUGUCUGAUGAAGAGGGGAAUAAAGAAGUUCAAGAAUCCGAAGAGAAACCUGAUGAGGAGAAACACCAGGACAACGCUCGCACCUACCAGGGUCCGAGUCAAUAUGAAGAAUGCUCUGAUUUGGUAAAAGUAAAGCCCCAACAGAGUAAACCGUCUGACCAGGAAGGACUUGACGAAGGCGAAGAAUUUCAUCUGCAGCCAGUAGCAGAAGACCAACACCACAAAGAGCAACAAAGUUCAGGUAAUGGUGGAAACGAAAUUCAAGGAGAUGAUAAACUCGAACAUCAGUCAUUACCAAGACCAUCCUCGCCCAAGCCAUCCCAGUCGACUACCCAACCUGAAAGGAACUUCGACAUAAUAAUUCCCCCACUUGACAGCAAUCACCUGUCGAACGAACCCGCCCCCUCUCCACAAUCCAAUGAAACCACGAAAGUUAAGAGACCCCGCGGACGUCCACCAAAGAAAAACGUUUCAAGCGAACCACAGCAAAAGAAAGACAGCCAAGUUCCAAAUCCGACGAAAGAAUCUGUCAAACAACGAGAUGACGGCGUGGAUGUUCCCAAGAAGAGAGGAAGGGGAAGACCCAAGAAAAGCGAAUCUGGGGUUGAGGUCGAGAAGGAAACAAAAGAUAUGGGUAAGAGGAAGGCGGAAGGGAAACCAAGCGAUGAAGCAGGGGCGAAAAAAGUGAAGGGAAGACAGACCAAGAAGUAG